AUGAGUAUAUUGACAGAAGUUCCUAUACCGAAUCUUUGUUUCGAUGUUCACCAUGUCAGUCAGCGAGCUUUAACGAAGCUUGCGCAUCGGAAAAUUUCUAUUAGUGGCCAAUCAGGUAUAAAUGGAAAUCCUGGUAGUGAUGGUGUAUCCGGCAGUUCUGGUAGUGAUGGUGCAUCCGGAAUUCCUGGGAAAGAUCGGUCAAACGGUCGACACGGUGGUAGAGGUGAUGCUGGUGAGAAUGGAUCUGCCGGUGAACCAGGUCAAUCUGGUACAGAUUCUAAGAACGCAAUUGUCCAAUUGAAUGGAACAGUUGAAAAUUUAAAUAUGCAACUAAAAAUGUGUGACAAAGUACAUGAUUUCUCAAGACAAGUCUUUGAUAUUAAUUCAAAUCUCACCCAUCGUCUUAAUGAUGCCAACUAUAAUUUUCAAUUAGCGAAUUCGACGAGAAUCAUUCUUGUACAGGCUGUGGGAGGACAUGGGGGUAAUGGAGGUGUUGGAGGCUGUGGAGGUAAUGGAGGCCCUGGAGGCAAUGGUGGUGAUGGUUGUGAUGGAAAAGAUGGCUCCAAAUCUUACAACCAAGGUGCUACUGGUAAAAGAGGAGGCGCUGGUGGAGCAGGAGGGAACGGCGGUUGUGGAGGUAAUGGUGGGAAUGGUGGAACAGGAAGAAAUGGAGGAAAUGCAGGUGCCGGCGGCCGUAUUCAGGUUCGAAGUGCAGAUCCUCGAUUAUUUAUGUUAAUUGAACUAGAUUGUCGGGCAGGAAUCGAAGGUAAAGGUGGUCUUGGUGGAAAAGGUGGUUCUUAUGGCGUAGGUGGUCGAGGUGGAAAUGGCGGUCAUGGUGGUAGUGGCGGUAGAGGUGGGCCAGGCGGCUCCGAUGGUGCAGAUGGUGGAGACGGUCCUGCUGGUAAGCGUGGCAGUUAUGGUCGUGCAGGUAGAAAUGGUUCCACUGGUAAUGAUGGCUGUGCUGCAAGUGAUGGUUAUAUUGAAUAUGCUGUAGUAGAUGUAGAUGAUAAAAUUAUUGAAAUAGGCCCUGACAAAUACCAUGCCAGCGUUCUUGGUUACACUAUUACUGAUGAAAACAAUGAUGAAAUCUACGAACCAGACUCAGAUUUUUUUAUUACGAAUGUUAAAUGGGCAAACAAUGGUGCAAUAUCCUUGCCCAACGGAUCUAUAUUAUCAUUUCCAUCUACAAAAUAUAUUUCUAGUGAUAUCACCGACGUUAGUGUAUUGAUGGAUGCUAAUAUAAACCAAAUUUUGAUUGACUCUCAUCGAUUUAAAUGCCAUCUGAAUGAUGUACCAACAGUUUCAAUCAACCAACCGUAUAUUCAACCCGUAAAAAUAGUAUCUGAAAUUAAUCUGUUGGGUCGUUUAUUUGAACAUAGUCAAGUUCCAACUACUUUAACUUGUCAAUAUCCGAUUCAAAUUAGAAAUAUUCAGAUUCCUACUUUUCUGGGUCCUAAUGAACGAGCCAUCAUAGCAUUAGACUUCACUAACAUCUCCACACGAUCAUACGGUACAUGCCAGGAUUCAGCUGGUUCCAUUGAAUUUAUAUUUUAUGCUCAUUCUUUAAUAAAAAUUUUACCUGCAACUACAGAACAUUCGUACUGCAUAACGCCUAAUGGGCAUGGUCGCUACAAAAUCAAUGAAGAACUAUCAACUAAAUCUACAAAGAAAAUUUGUUUUGAGUUUUGUUUAAGUGCAAAUGCUUCUCAUCAACUUUAUGAAAGUUUAUUUUGGAAUGUCGAUCUACUAUUACGUGAUAGACUGAUUGAAAACUACACAGAUUACAUUCGAAUUGUACCGGAAUUUAAUCCAAAUAUUAAAACUGAUGUUCUUCUAGUUACGAAUUCUCAAACUAAUCGAGUUGAAUAUCUUGCAUACCAGAAAUUAUUUCAGUUAUUCAAAUAUUCAAGUCAAAUGUGGGAUAUUGAAAGAUAUCAAACAUUUCAUCAUCCAAGGAUACAAUGGUUGACAACAGCAAAUUUGAUUAUUUUUAUUUAUCUUAACCCAAAAUCAACAUUCAAUGUAAUCAAAUCUCAAUUAUUUUUACAGCAUAUGAAUUCUAGUGAGAAUGCUGGUUUUAUUUGUAUUGGUAAUUGUCUACCGAAUGAUUUUGAUUUUGCUCUAUUCGAUUACAACAAUUUACAAUUUCUUGACAACAAACAGAAAACUAAAUCCGAAUUUUCAAGUCAUCUUUGGUCCGGCUUUGGAUGCAAGCAGCCUAAUGGUGAAAUAUUGAAUGCGAUGGCCAACGAACUUAGAACAGAUUAUGAGAAACGAGAAGAUCAUAAGUUUUUGUAUCAAAUAGUUUAUGAUGAUACAACAGAUUUAUGUUCUCAACAUUGUAUGACCGUUGUUUACGGUAAAAAGUAUGUUUAUAAAUCCACAUUGGACUUUCAAGUCGGUAAUCGAUUAAUUUUGAUCAAUAGUGAGUCUCCUUUGUUGGCCACUACUCAUUUACUAUUCAAAGUGCAAACUCGAUUGAACACAAAGCAACUGAGUGAACCUAUUUCUUCUCAUGAAUAUGAUAUUGGUAUUAAUGAAAUAGAUGAUACAGCACAGAUCAAAGAAAGUAUCAUUCAAGAUAAAAUUCAUCUUAAUUCACAGUUUGGUAGAUUAUUAUGUGCGAUAUUAUUUUAUCAAGGAUUUAAAAAAUCUCUUAUGAUGAUCGGUGAAAAAUCCAAAUUAUCGAAAUGCAUAUUUGCAUUAGAUUCAUAUGAAAUCAGUUUCGAAGAGAUUUUAGUUAGUUUGGCCAUGUCAAUUAUUGAGCGUGAAUAUGACCGAGGAUCUCUGGAAUUUCGUUCAUCAAGACUAAUAGUAAAUCAAGUAGCCAAUGUGAUUGGCAAAGUAGAUCACAUUAGUAGCAUAAAAAAUAAUAGAGAGGAUCAACAUAAUUGGUUAUAUUUACUAAUUCAAUCAUUACACGAAUACAUUGACAGCAAAUUUGGUAUCUCUUUUCCUUGGUACGGUUGUACCAAUAAAGCAAAGCAACGAAAUAAAUUACAAGAGAUUUUAAGUGAUUUAAUAUCAUUAACAGCUAACAAGGUACCAAAAAACAAAGAACGUUAUCACGCUCUACAAAAUAAGAGACUACAAAAAUUAGCCAAGUUACAGUUUCCAGCAGCCGAUGCAAGAACAGAUUGUGUUCGAAAAAUAACAGAAAUUAGAAAAUGGAAAGAAGAACAACGCGCCCAGUAA